AUGCCGACUCGUUUUUCCAAGACACGCAAGCACCGCGGCCAUGUGAGCGCCGGUAAGGGUCGCGUCGGCAAGCACCGCAAGCACCCCGGUGGUCGUGGUAUGGCCGGUGGCAUGCACCACCACCGUACCAACGUCGACAAGUACCAUCCCGGUUACUUCGGUAAGGUCGGUAUGCGGAGAUUCCACCUCCUCCGCAACCACCAAUGGAACCCCGUCAUCAACCUGGACAAGCUCUGGUCCCUGGUUCCCGAGGAGACCCGCGAGCAAUACCUGUCCGGCGAGAAGAAGGACACCGCCCCCGUGAUCGACCUGCUGCCGCUCGGCUACUCGAAGCUGCUGGGCAAGGGCCGUCUGCCCGAGAUACCAUUUGUUGUCCGCGCCCGCUACGUCAGCAAGCUGGCCGAGCGCAAGCUGAAGGAGGCUGGUGCCGUUGUUGAGCUGGUCGCAUAA